AUAAAGAUGGCCGCGCCCUUGGGAUUAAUUUCUGUGCGGCUCAGCGCUGCAAAUUUCACCCGUAAACGUCGUCUAAAAGGAUCAGGGUUAUCAAAAUUAGCUAAAGAUGCAGCAAGCGAUACAUAUUCAACGGAAAAAGUUACCACACAUAACAAACCAAGUCAAGAAAUAGCGUGUUUGCCUGUUAUUGUUGAAUUCCGCCGUCUCCUUGAGAGCGUCAAGAGCAACGGCAUUGACGUUGUGCCCGGUGUUUCCAAUGUUGAGCUUCUCCAUACAGUAGUAGGUCUCUACGACACCUGUCUCCCAGACAUCACACCUCUGGUCCUCUAUGCAACAGUGACUGGAAAAUUGGCCAAAACAUUAAUACUUAUCAGAAGUACCAAAGAUGUCGCUAAGGAACUACAGCAGAAGAUUCUACAGAGGGAAAGAGAAGUAGAGACCACUACCGCAGCCAAAGAAACAGUACCAGAGAACAAUAAUUCCAACACGAACAACAAUGACUCUACCGUCAGCCCUGGCACUCAAUCUAAGGAAAUAGACUCUGAUGAUGGAGAGGUGCCAAACAGUUUUGAUGGAUCCAAAGAAAGUCCUCUUUUGAGAUUACUUGGAGGCAAUGGUGGGGGAGAAGCAACUGAUGUGAAAGGGAAUGAUAAAGACGUUGAUGAUGAGGAUGGAAGGCCAAAGGGUGAUGAUGAAGAUACGGUUGCGAAGGAUGAUACAGGUGAAGUUGCUAAGGAGGAUGCAGAGGAUGUGUUGGAGGAGGAAGAGCAGCGGAAAGUGUUUGCCGAUGUCUUCAGUGAUUCGGAUAGUGAAGAAGAAGAGAGUGAAGAUGAAGAGGAAGAAAUGGACUUCUCCAAAGGCAUCAAUGAAUUCUUGAGAUUGGUGAAACAGAGGAAGGAGAGAAGAGAGGAGUUGAGUUUAAACCCGACUCUGGAAGAAGUAGAAUCAACGGUCGGGAUUGAGUCAAGGAUCGUGGCUUGUGCUACUUGGGAAAAGUCUCAUAUUCGUCCUGGGGAGAAGAUAGUACAGAUAGACUUGAUGGGAGUGAGAAAGAGAUGCAGAAGAUGUGGCAUUGGAAGAUAUUUAUUACGGCAAAUGAAAGAUGUGAGCAUUGUUGGACAUUACGAUUCCUUGGUGGUUUAUGCAGAUCAUUCCGCGGUGGAUUUCUUCGCUCUUCAUGGCUUCAAUGAUGACAUUGUCCUCAACAGUAAAUACUCUGACUUGGCUGAUAACUGGACAAACUGCACACUCAUGUGCUACAUACCUCCAUUCGUUGGACAAACAAUCUUGAAGGAGACAGACAUGAGCCUGGACCUGAAAGAGAUCGAGAUGGAGCUCCAGAAGUGGACAGAGAGGAGCAGAGAUGCGUACCAAGGUCAGGUUGCUUGCAUCAUGAAGUUAAGACAUGAAGUCAUUGCCCUUCGUGUUCUGGUAGGUAGAUUAUUGAUACAGUCAAACCUGUCUAUAGCGACCGCAGAUUUCUCUAAUCUUUACACAUAA